CAUGCAGAUUACACAUUCACCUUCUUUGUGUAUUUCAGGUGAUAGUGAUGAUGGACCUCUAAAGAGCAGCUCAGUUACAGAGAGGGAUGUUUCCAUAUCUGACAAUGAUAGCAGGGAUGGUUCAGUUCUUUCUGAAAGAGACGGAGAGAGAACAUUACGAACUCCAAGAGAUGUCAGCAGUUCUCAGAAUGCAACAGAGAUAGCCACAACUAUUAACAACCUGGUACAGGCCAGUAAGAUGGAGUUAUCAACAGGAGAAACUGAUUUUACUGAAGUUCUUGUUGCAAAUAGCCAGGCUCCUUUAGAAACAACAGCUCCUGAAGACCAUGUUCCUAUAAGAAGCAUUUCAUACACAGCUGGAAGCCUUUCCAGUUCUCACAUGGACAAUCUAUCUGCUCCCAGUCUGUCCGAGAGAAGCAGAGAGACUAUGUUACGAACUCUGAUUGAUAUUAGUAGUUCUCAUAAUACAACAGAAAUAUCUAUAGCCACUAGAAAUGAAAUCUCCAGUUCUUCAGACCUCCCAAAUUCUUCUUAUGCUUUGACUCCAGUACAGAGCAGAGGAACAGACUUAUCAUUUGGAGAUACUGAUUUCACUGAGGAAGCUGCAACAUUUUCUCAGGAUACUUCUGAAACAACAGCUGAUGAAGAUAAUGGCCAACAAAACAGCAGCUUAAAUAUAAAUGGAAGUGUUUACACUUCUCACACUGAGAGAAAAUCUGUUCCAGGUUUGUUUGACAGAGAUGGAAAGAGGACAUUAAAAACUCCAGGAGACACCAGCAGUUCUCACAGCGCAACACAAAUAUCCACAAAGCUGAGCAAUGAAAUCUCCACUUCUUCAGGCUUGCCCAAUUUUUCUUCUAUACUAAAUCCAGUUCAGACCAGCCAAAUGGAUUUGUCACCAGGAGGCACUGAUUUUACUGAAGCAAUACUUAAAGAAACUCAGACUUCUUCAGAAACAACAGCUGAAGAAUAUGGCAGCUCAAACACAGAGAGAGGCAUUUCCAGUUCUCACACAGAGAGUGCAUCUCUUUCAGAUCUGUUUGAAAAAGGAGGGCAGAGGACAUUACGAACAUUAAGAGAUGUCAGCAGUUCUCACCAUGCGACACAAAUGUUCACAACUGCUAGUGAUAAAAUUUCCAGCUCUUCAAGCCUCCCUGAUUCUUCAUAUGCUUUGACUUUGGUGCAGACGAGACAAAUUGAUUUGUCACCAAGAGACAAAGAUUUCACUGAGAAAGCAGUUACUCUUUAUCAGGAUGUCUCAGAAACAACAGCUACUGAAGACACUAGUCUGCUGAACAGCAGCUCAAACAGAGACAGAGAUGUUUUGAUUUCUCACAUGGACAACACAUCUGCCCUGGGUCUAUCUGGCAGUGGUGAAGAGAGGACAUUGCAAACAGUAACAGAUAUCAGCAGUUCCCAUAAAUUGUCACAAAUGUCCACAACCUCUGGCAGGGAAAUCUCCCGCUCCUCAGGGCAUACUGAUUUUUCAACAGUGUUGACUUGGGUAGAGACCAAAGGAAUGGAUUUGUCACCUGAGAACUUGAAUUUCACUGAAGCCACGGUUCCACAUUCUCCAUCUCCCUCAGAAGUAACAGAUGCCAGGGACCACCAGCAUCCCUCUGAAAAGGUGGCUACUCUGACCGCGAGUGUGUCUUCUGCUGCCCGUCUUGCCAGAAGUGGAGAUGGGACAGAAGAAAUGCUCACCAAAUGGACCAAAUCUACAGAUUCAACUGAUCUCUCAGCUUCUCAUUUGGAAGGUGCCAGUUCACCAGUUUUAACCCAAGCCUCAUCUGCUACAGUGCAAAAUGGAAAGGAAAGCUCCCUGUUUACAGGGAGAGAUUUCACUGAAUCUUUAAGAGAAUCUUUAUUUACACAUUCUUCCAACACCUCCUCAUAUUUAUUUUCUACAACAGAUCUUUCAAGCACUAGAAACAAUAUUCAGACCGAUCAAGGAUCAACUGCAGAAAAAAGGCUUCCCAGUGCUUCUACAGCUAGUGGAUACCUUUCUCCUACAUCAACACAUAGUGGAGAAAGGACUGUGAGAUCUCUGCCAGAUAACAGCACUUCUCCAGAUGAUGUAGAUAUGAGCACGGAUGAUACCGAAACUUUUAAUUCUUCACAUCCAUCCUUGACAUUAGCAUCUGUGGCAAAGACUGAAAAAUAUAAUGUGUCAUUAAGUGAAGAAGAAACGUCUGCAGCUUCUACAGAGAACUCACUUGAACAUUCCUCCUUAAUUCCAAUAUAUUCAUCUCCAUCACAGGAUUCCUCAACUAUUGGAAGUGUUCAGCAUUCAGUGAGUGACUCAGGCAUUUCCCAUUCUUAUACUGAAAGCACCUACACUUCAGCAGAAGAGGAAACUAUGCAAACCAGCAUUAACACUACGUUUUCUGAAGUGACUGAAAGCAUCUCAUAUACUGAAAAGCCAAACUGCUCAGAACUGAACCCUUCUUCACCAGAUAUUGGAUCUAUAAGAACUGACUUAUCAGCAGAUUUUGGUACCUCUGGGCCUUCAACUGAGACUUCUCAAAGUAUCCACUCAUCAAGGAUACCAACGUCUUCUUCCUUCCAAAGUGAAUCUUCAGACACUGGAACAGGCUACGGGCCAAUUAGUAGUACUGACACUGGCAAACGAAUUUCUGUUUCUCAUACUGAUAGCACAUACAUCUCAACCACCUUCACCAGGGGUGGAGAAAGGACGUUGCUCUCUAUUUCACACAACAGCACAUCAUCAGCUGACUCAUUAAAUCAUUCCACUUUUUACACAGAAACUUCCAGUUCUUCAGAAUCUGUUCAGUCCUCAUUUCCUGUGAACCAGAGCAGAGGAAGUAGCAUGUCCUCUGGUGACGUGGAUUUCCCUGAACCAUCAACAGAGCCUUUGGCUGCACAUGCCCCACAUACACCAGGGUACCCUUCUACAGUGAGUGAGCCACACACAAACCAGUUGUAUUCAACACCUGACCCUUCAUUUGCUAGCAGCAUGUCAUUUACCACUUCCUCACCAACAUCAUUAAAAGAGGAUUCACUUCCUCCUACUCAGCCGCCAAUACUGUUGGUCUCAUCAGAGCCUUCUCACCCAUCACCUUCCUCCACUUUCCCAUUGCCAUUUUCAGCAACUCCUGAAACACCUUUGAUAACAUUUUCACAUAGGCUGUCAUCAACUGCAUUGACCCCAUUGCCAUCCCAACUGCCUUCAGUUUCUUCGUCACCUUCAUUGCCACAGUCUAGUGAAGGUCUUGAAACAAGUGUCCCUAUGGUUACAUCUGAAGAAACAACUGAAAUAGACUCCCAUACAUCUGGAAGUUACCUCACUGAGUAUCACAAUCAAACUGGGACAGAUCCUUCAAAGGAUAGUAAAGUAUUACAGUCAACAGAACUUUCUCCUCUUCUGACAGAAACUACUGAAUAUUCUUCGCCAGUGACAGUCUCCCUAGAGGAAACUGAGGGCAGCAAAGGACAAAACACUUCUAUCUCUGGAACCAGUGUUGGAAAAUCACUUCCCAUAUUAACUACCUCUCCUACAUAUUUGCCAGAAAGCACCACAGGUUACAAAGCUGAAAAAGCAACAGCUCCUUCCUUACCAAGAGCAACUACUCAAAAGGUGGAGAUAACAACAGGGAAGAAACUUAUAAAAUAUACAACAUUAAGAUUGCCUACUUCGGCAUCAAGUACAGAUGCUUUGACCACUGCAGACCCUCACAAAGUUCUGCCAUUUUCUACAACCAAGGUAUCUCACACCUCUGAAAUGUCAACAAAAGGGACAGAACAAGGCAGUGUAACUACUACUAAAGAGCACACGAUUGCCACUACUCAGCUGCCCAUCCUGACUUCUAGCAAAACCACUGCAGAGACUUUUGCUCUUUCUUCAGUUUCCACCAAAGCAACUACAGUUGCUUGGUCAAGAAGCCCAAAGACAUUCCCAACUUCUCAUGGAAAAGCCAAUGUGUGUACUGUUGGUACGUGUCUAAAUAAUGGAAUGUGUGCAUUGGACAGUUUGACAGGCAAAUUCCAAUGCCGGUGUUUACCUGGUUGGCAAGGAGAAGACUGCAGUAUAGAUGUAGAUGAGUGUCUGUCUAACCUGUGCCCAGCAUCAGCCACAUGUGUUAACACACAAGGUUCAUUCAAAUGCACUUGUUUCCUGGGAUACCAAAUGGAAAAAGAAAAGUGCAAUUUAGUGAGAACAUUUGUUGGCCAGUCUCCAUUGACGUUUAACACAACUGGAGGGAAGUAUUCAGACCUUCAUCAAAUUGAAGAAGAUAUCAUAAACAUGUUGAAUGCUUCCCUUUCAACACUUCCUGGCUAUUACACCUCAAGUGUCAAGGCAUCAAGGCAGGCAGGCACCAUCCGAGUAUCCGUCCUGAGCACCUUUUCCUUACUCUCCAAUGUCACCCUUUAUGAUAUCGUCACCGUCAUGAGAAGCCAUAUUCGAGCCUGCAAAACUCCCACAGAAACUUGCCAGUUUCUCUCUAACCUUACACUGCUUCACAGAGCUGGCGGCCUGUGUAAACACAAAGAUCCGGAAUGUGACAAAGAAACUUCUGUUUGUGUGGACUUGGAUGGCAUUGCUGCCUGCCGAUGCAGGCCUGGGUACUUCAAAUACAACAAGCUGGAUCACUCAUGCCGAGCUUGUGAAGAUGGGUAUAAACUUGAAAAUGACACCUGUGUGAGUUGUCCUUUUGGGUUAGGAGGAUUCAACUGUGCAAAUCCAUACCAGUUAAUCACCAUUGUGAUUGCAGCUGCUGGUGGAGGACUUCUGCUGGUCAUGGGGAUAGCUCUUAUAAUCACCUGCUGCCAAAAGAAUAAAAAUGACAUAAGCAAACUCAUCUUUAAAAGUGGAGACUUCCAGAUGUCACCUUAUGCUGAGUAUCCAAAAAACCCGAGAGUUCAAGAGUGGGGACGAGAAACCAUUGAAAUGCAGGAGAAUGGGAGCACUAAAAACCUACUGCAGAUGACAGAUGUUUACUAUAUGCCCACCAAUCUAAGGAAUCCUGAGCUAGAAAGAAAUGGCGUCUAUCCACCUUACACAGGUCUUCCAGGGUCCCGACACUCAUGCAUCUAUCCUGGGCAAUACAACCCUUCCUUCAUUUGUGAUGACAGCAGAAGAAGAGACUACUUCUAAUGACAUUUUGGAAAGUUGACUGGCAAUGUGGGCAUUAACAUGCCACUUGUUUUCUGUGCACACUGUCAUUAGCUGAGAUGCCACAGUUGCAUACCGAAAGGGGACUUUGUACUCAGAGUUAACACUGAGUAGAGGUUCCUGAAAGAAGCCAUUUCUAGCUGCUGUUGAACAGCAGACAACAAAGGGAGUGGUAAAUCACAAGCCAGUCAGGUUACAGAUCUAUUAAGAUGUGAACAAGAAACGUAGUGUGUACAUUCUGAGUGUUUUCCUCACCACUAACUGUGUCACAUAAUGUGAAUUGGAUAAUUAGUUCACUAAAGGAAAACUAACAAACACUGUGGAUCACACUAAAAAUCUGAUGCCACUAGGGUGUGUUGUGUUUACAGAUAAUAGGCAGUGUUGUGUUUUUAUUGCCCAUCUUUUAUGCAAAGCUGCAUAAAAUGAAUUGCGUAGGAAGAACUAUUUCCUUAACACCACAUAUCUAUUAAUAGACACUAGGGAGAUACUCACCAAAUGGAAGUCAUGUGCCCUGGAAUGUGGCCAAGAAAUGGGCCAUCUUUGUGGAAUCCCAAGGUCCUCUUUUAUCACAAGAGAAGUGUCCUGUUCCUUCUUCAUUGCUUGUCUUGUCCUUCAGUUCUGUUCUAAGACAGUAGCAAUAUCACUUUCCUCUGUUUUCCUUCACAUAUUCCUGACCAGGCAUUUCCAUAAAAUUUGCCUUUCUCCUGAUCCCACAUACAUUUUUAAGCUAUAAUCCCAGGAUGGAAGUUCACAGGCUCCCUGGAUUUUUUUUAGAGAUAUUCAGAAAGAUGUGGCCAAUGAUACUCUGCGAACAUGAUUUGGGAUGCUUCCACAAGGAGCUUUAAUGAAGCAGUCACCUUGCCUCAUGCAUAGACUUUUACAGGGCACUCAGAGGAUAAUGCCCUGAAUUUGUAGUUCUCCAGUGUUUUCCCACUAUUUCAUCUUUUUUCAUGCAACAAAAGCACCCUAUUUCUUAUAUAAGAGGAUUAGCUGGCUUAACAUCAGUUAAAUUCAACUAUAUCUUGUGAUGUUUAUGGGUAGUUGGAUUCAACUCAGUCUCCUUUAAUCAGACUAUAAAAUUACAUUGCAAAAAUCUAUCACAUUUUACUCCAAACUAUACCAAGUAUCUCUAUGAACAGGGCGAAAGCAGUCUGUCCUUUCUUGUUCACAAAUGGCCAGGUUCCACCUUUGAAGUGAUAAGGGAGCCAUUUGACAGCCGGAUUUCCAAUUUUCAUCUUGGGAGGCUUUCAGUUCAGUUUUGUCAUUUCUAUGUUAUGAUUUGCUUCAUGAUGUACUUAAUACUGUAAGAAAGUCUUCUGAUAUGUGAAAUUCUUUGUGCUAUAUCCCAAGACUGGUUCUGUGUUUUGAUCUUUAAAAAGGAUUGAUUCAUAUGUGUCAAAAGCCUAUGUAUUUGGGGAACCACUGCUGCAGUAUGUAACUAGUAUGCUGUGUAUAAGCUGAUACUUGUUGCAUGAGAUUUACCCUUGUCGGAUGGUCAGUGCAGUCAUCUGUAACAGAGCUAACAGCACCUACCAUCUGUUCAGCGUGGGUGAGUACGUACAUGUGCCCACACAGAGAUCCACUUACAGAAAUGUCCAUUCAACUAUAUCCUGCAUCUCCCUGAACAUGUCUUCCGAUUUUGACAGCGAAGUGGUGCUGGGCCUGGUUAAUAUGCAAGUGGAAGCGACUGAGGAAUACCAGGGAAGAUGAAGCACUACAUCUUCAACUAAGGCUAAGAAAAAAAAUUCCCCUUGAAUCCCUAGAAAGCCAUUGCUGCCACUCAGAGUUGGCGGCACUGGGCUGAUUCAGGAUAAGGUAGCUUCAUACAUUCCCAUCUCUUGUAAAGACCUUUACAUGUUAUUUUGGAUGUGGAAAAGCUGUUAUAUCCAUACAAAAAUUUCCAUUUUAUCAUUUUAUUUGACAAAACACUACUGGACAAUUUUGGACUUUCAAUCAUAUUUGCAUUGUACAAUUCAAAGUAGCUUAUUAGUUACAUACACAAACACACACACGCUACAGAUAUUUUCAUAUCAUGUCACUAUCCAACACAGGGAGAUGGGGAAUAUGGUGUUGUCAAAGUGUGAUUUGAACAGAAAGGGGAAGCCUUGUUCAUGCUGAUCCCUGGUUGGCAAGGAGAAGACUGCAGUAUAGGUAAGCAGUGUAUAAUGGCGGAUAUGCCAUUCUCUUAAAGAGAAAAAUGGUUUUAUUGGCCAUUAAAUCUAAUCCCAGUUUAAUGCAGUAUCUCCAAUUACAGCAGUGGUUCUCAUUCUGGGUCCCCAGAUGUUUUGACCUUCAACUCUCAAAAAUCCUAACAG